AUGGCGAUUGCCAUGCGCUGGCAUAAGCCCGACAAUGUCGCAGGCUCAUCAGCCCCGGCCAUCAUGGUCGGCCUCUUUGUCGCUUCUGGUGGACUUUUGUUUGGUUACGACACUGGUGCGAUAAACGGCAUCCUCGCCAUGGACGAGUUCAAAAAUCAAUUCGCUACAAACUGCAGCGACCCCGGCCUCAACACUAAUCUUUGCCCAAGAGACUCUUCAAUAAUUGUCGCCAUUCUCAGCGCUGGAACUGCUCUCGGUGCCCUGGCCGCCGCUCCCUUCGGAGACUGGCUGGGACGUCGCAAAUCGCUCCUCCUCGGCGUCGCACUCUUCUGCGUUGGUGCGAUAUGCCAAGUCUGCGCUGAAUCCAUCCCUCUUCUCCUUGUUGGCCGAUUUCUUGCUGGUGUCGGCGUGGGCGCUGUCUCUGUGCUGGUCCCUAUGUAUCAAUCCGAAAUGGCGCCAAAAUGGAUCCGUGGUACACUCGUCUGCGCAUAUCAGUUCUCCAUCACCGUCGGUUUAUUAUCCGCUUCCAUCGUCAAUAUCAUAACCUCACGGAUCAAAAACUCAUCAUCAUAUCGCAUCCCUCUUGGGUUACAGCUGGUACCAGCCCUCAUCAUCACCGCUGGCCUCCUUGUCCUUCCUGAGACUCCCCGAUUCCUCGUCAAAAGGGGUCGUAAUGAGGAAGCCGGCAUAUCGCUCAGUCGAUUGCGUCGACUCGACAUCACUCACCCUGCUCUCAUCGAGGAGCUGCACGAAAUCAUAGCCAAUCAUCAAUACGAAAUGACCCUAGGUGACGACUCGUGGAAAGAGAUCUUUGUCGGCACGCCUCAUCUGGCCCGCCGUACUUUUACCGGCUGCGGCUUGCAAAUGCUUCAGCAACUCACUGGCAUCAACUUCAUCAUGUAUUAUAGCACGACUUUUUUCGGUGGUGCAGGAAUCGACAGCCCCUACGCCAAAUCCCUCAUUAUCCAAGUCAUCAACGUCGUUUCCACCUUACCCGGCCUUCUCGUCAUCGAGUCAUGGGGUCGGCGAAGGUUGUUGAUGACUGGUGCCAUCGGCAUGGCUGCCUGCCAACUUUUCAUUGCAGCAUUUACCACAGCGGCUGGCCAAGACCUGAAAGCUGCACAAUCAACUAUCCUCAUGGUAUUUUGCUCUCUCAACAUCUUCUUCUUUGCUUCCUCCUGGGGACCCGUAGUCUGGGUCGUCACCUCGGAAAUUUACCCCCUCAAAGUUCGAGCCAAGGCCAUGUCCAUCUCGACUGCGUCAAAUUGGUUGCUCAACUUUGGUAUUGCCUAUAGCACGCCUUUCAUGGUGGACGUUGGGCCUGGCAACGCUGGCUUCGGUCCCAAAAUCUUCUUCAUCUGGGGUGCCUUUUGCGUUUUUGCCGUCUUUUUCGUCUGGUUCAUGGUAUAUGAGACUAGCAAGAUCAGCCUCGAGCAGAUUGAUGAAAUGUACGAGCGAGUCGACCAUGCCUGGAACAGCAAGAAUUUCGAGCCCAGCUGGAGCUUUCAGCAGAUUGUGGAUGAGGGCUGGUCCCCCAGCGCCAUUCCACCUCCAGGGCAUGAGCUGCAUGCGACUGCCUCGCAAAUGAGCGCGGAGACUACGAUCAACGACACGAAUUCUUCUACCACUGCCCACGACACUGGUAACUCUUCAUCAGACGAAGACAAGGCCGUUAUGCCAACCAUGGCCAAUGUUGAUUUCAGCUAUUAA